AUGAAUUUUUUUGUUUUAUUUCCAUUUUUGUUAAUUAAUUUUUGUUAUUUCACAAACGCCGAAAAAGUUCCAAUUCCAAAAUGCGACAGUACUAUGGAGGCUGAUUACGAUAAAGACUGCAAAUGUCUAGAAACUGAUUUUCCUACAUGUCUAAAAGCAUUAGUAUCUGCAGGAACGUGUACAAAAGAAAAUUACCCAACAAAUCCUAUUGAAAGACCGUGUUCUAAAAUGUAUUCUAAAUGUUCUUCAGCGAAAAAUGAUUGUGAAGCUGGUAUUUGCUCAUGCUUUGAAUCGCCCUGGCUAGAUUUGUUAAUGUGA